AUGGAGCCGUUCUCGUUUGCCAGCUCCGAGGCGCUCAACCUCCAGGUCAGCAUCCGGAUUGUCAGCCUCGAAGGCGAGGAGACGCCCUUUCUCGACUCGACGCUGGUGACGCAUCCGGAGAUCCGUCAUGUUGGGGCCAACACGAGUCUACACUCGGACCUGUAUGCAACGGCACAGGUGUGGGCGGGAUCGAAGCCGCUGACGGUGCCGGUGCAGACAGCGUACCGAGCUUUCAAGGCGGAGCGGAAGUGGAACGAAUGGCUGACGCUGCCGAUCCGCUACUCUGGACUUCCAGGUGACGCCAGCGUUGCCAUCACGGUAUGGGACGUGUCGCCAACGGGUGGCGGAACGGGUGCGAGAGGCCAUGCGGUACCGUUUGGCGGAACGACGAUCCCGCUGUUUGACGGCGAGAACCAGCUGCACAAGGGCCGGUACAAGUGCGUAGUGCACCGGCUGGCCGAGGCAGACGGCUACGACAACAGCAAGACACCGGCCUUUCCCCGCAAGAAGAGGACGAAGCAGAGUCGGCAGAAGGACGAGCAGAAGCGGGUGGUGGCGUACGGUGACGGCGAUGACGACAGGGAUAAGAACACGAUCGAGGAGGAGGACGGCAAGGACAUUAGCGAGCACGACGCCGAGGCCGAAGAAGUCGAGCGGAUGGACCGAUUGUUCAAAAAGCACGAGAUGGGCGAGAUCCCACGGGUCGAAUGGCUGGACCAGCUGGUGUUCCGGGGGUUUGAGCGACGCAGCAUGCAGCGAGCGGCGUCGUCGCUGCGGCAGCCCCGGGGGCUCGACGAGGGGGGCUCAGACGGAACUGGCCGAGCAGACGGAACGGACGAGGCACACGGGGCCAACAGGCGUCCAGGACCGUCACGAUUCCUGCUCAAUGUGGAGUUUCCGCGGUUCGACUUCCCGGUGGUGUUUGUGGACCACGAAUACCCGCCGCCAGCGAUCUCAGCGCUGCAGAACAUGUCGGCGUCACAGUCGGGGGUCGUGCUGAAGCCGGCACCUGAAGUACACUUUGGACCGGGGAUCGACGGCGGUAGAGGUGCUGGUGCCGGAGGCGAGGGCAUGGCACGGUUGAUGCGGGUGUACGAUGCUGAGGUGGGAGCACGUGACAAUCCAGCGGAGAGCAAGCACCGGCGACUGGUGCGGACGCAGCACCGACACGGGGCGCUGGACAAGGACCUCAAGCCGAACGCGAAGAACCGGGACGAGCUGAACGUGAUCAUGUCCUAUCCACCGACACAGGUGCUGACGGCAGACGAAAAGGACCUCGUGUGGAAGUUCCGAUACCACCUGACGCGCGAGAAGAAGGCGGUGACCAAGUUUGUCAAGUCGGUCAGCUGGGGCGACGGGGCGGAGGCGAAGCAGGCGGUGCAGGUGCUGGGGCGGUGGACCAACAUCGACGUGGAUGACGCGUUGGAGCUGCUGGGACCGACAUUUGAUCACCGGUCGGUGCGGGCGUAUGCGGUCGAGCGGCUGCGCAAGGCUGACGACAGCGAGCUGCUGCUGUACCUGCUGCAGCUCGUGCAGGCCUUGAAGUUUGAGAUGGGGGGAGGGGAAGGGGGAGGAGGAGAAGAGGAGGAAGCACAGAUGAACUCGCAAGACGAAGCACAAGCGAACGCGAACACACACAACCCUCACAACUCAUCGCUGGCACGAUUUCUGAUCGCACGGGCAGCUGGCAACCUGAUGCUAGGCAACUACUUCUACUGGUAUCUGAUGGUGGAAUGCGACGACCACAGCAUGGCGCAGACGGCGGAGAACCGAGCAGUAUACCGCAAGGUGGCGUACGACUUCAUGGCCGAGCUGGAGCGACGACCAGGCGGAGCAGAGACGCGGCAGAUGCUGCGGCGACAGGCCGAAUGGGUGGCGGUGAUGGCCAAGAUUGCGGGCGAAGUCAAGGAGGCGCACGAGCCGAUGGCCCGUCGGGGCGAGCGAGUGCGGCAAUUUCUGACGGACGGACGCAACGAGCUGGCGACGAUUGAGCCACCGCUAGCACUGCCGCUGGACCCGUCGGUGAUGGUGGUGGGCGCAGCAACGGGGCCGGACGACGUGGCGGUGUUCAAGUCGUCGCUGCAUCCGAUCAAGGUGGCCUUCCGGGACGUGGACGGGGGACGGUAUCCGAUUCUGUUCAAGAUGGGCGAUGAUCUGCGGCAGGACCAGCUGGUGAUCCAGAUCAUCACGCUGAUGGACCAGCUGCUGCGCAAGGAGAACCUGGACCUGCGGCUGACGCCGUACAAGAUCCUGGCGACGAGCAGCCGCAUGGGCCUGACGCAGUUUGUGCCGUCGGCGAGCCUGCAGAGCCUGGCCGCACGCUAUCGUGGCGCGCCCAACGCGGCGCUGGCGUAUCUGCGGCAGCACAGCGGCGAUCCGAACGGGCCGCUGGGCCUGCAGGCCCGCACGCUCGACACGUUUGUCCGGUCGUGCGCGGGCUACUGCGUCAUCACGUACAUUCUCGGCGUGGGCGACCGCCAUCUCGACAACCUCUUGCUCGCGCCGGACGGUCGCUUCUUUCACGCUGACUUUGGCUUCAUCCUCGGCCGUGAUCCCAAGCCGUUUGCCCCGGCCAUGAAGCUCAGCCGCGAGAUGGUCGAGGCCAUGGGCGGCAGCGGGUCCGAGCACUACCGCCAGUUCAAGCAGUACUGCUUUCUCGCCUACUCGGCCCUGCGCAAGUCCAGCAACCUGAUCCUCAACCUGUUCAGCCUCAUGGUCGACGCCAACAUCCCCGACAUCCUCUGGGAACCCGACAAGACCGUGCUCAAGGUCCAGGACCGCUUCCACCUCGAGCUCAACGAGGAGGACGCCAUGCGCCACCUCGAGCGCGUCAUCGACGACAACCUCAACGCUUUUGUGCCCGUCGUCAUCGAUCGUCUGCACGAGUUCGUCCAGGCUUUCCGGGCGUAA